GUUAUUUUAGCUGGGCCUUCUGUCCUGCACUGGUCAGCGUUUACUCAAAAUAUCUGAAAAAAAUAUAGAAUCGCUGUAAAAAUCCAUAAGAAUCCAUAAGAAAUGUUUCGAAGAAAACUCGCAGCGUUAGAGUAUCACCACCCUGAUAAUUUUAACAUACAAAAUGAAGACGAAUGUAGAAAUCUUGUGGUAUGGCUUGAAGACCAGAAAAUAAGAUUAUAUAGAAUUGAAGAUAGAGAAAGUCUACGUGAUAUUGGGAAUGCUACAUGGCCUAAAACUUUAAUGAAGUAUUUAGAUGACCUACAAUGCCCACUAAAAAGUAGAGAAAAAAGCACUGUUCUGGACUGGUUGCUAGCACAUGCCAUUAGGCUAGAGUAUGCCGACAAUGCUGAGAAGUAUAAUUCUCAAAGUCAGAGGACAGCAAGUGAUACAAGUAAAACCACAGAACUGACUGAGGCCUUAUUAAAUCUUACAGCUGACGAUGCUGAUUUAAAAGCUGGUGUUCUGUCUGUAGCUCGGUUGCUGAACUUACCAGAACACCACGAUCCAUAUGUGCUCUUACAGGCAAUAAAGUCAUUAGUUGGAGGAAAGCUGACCCAGAAUGCCCUAAGGGAAGCUAAAGCGAAAAAGGAAGCAAAAGAAUUUAAGUCAUCAGAUGUGAUUGCCUUACCGACUGCCGAUCUUGGAUUUAACACUGGAGGAAGGCCUUUUUUUCAGAGGAUGUGCUAUUGCAAGACUCUGCUGUGAAUGAGGCAGCUAAAAUCCUUCGUCUCUUACACAUCAACGAGCUGCGAGAUCUGCAAACCAAGAUCAACGAAGCUAUUGUCAAAGUCCAGGCUCUUACCGCUAACCCUAAAACCGACCAGUCCCUUGGCAAAGUAGGGAGAUAGGUUGAAGCUAAAAUAAUGUCAAAAUCCAUAACCCGACCAAUCCCUUGGCAAAGAAAGAAAAUAACACGAAAUAACAGAGAAUAAAAAAAUAAUAUUGUCAA